AUGGCUAAGUGGUUAAUCUUUGCGGUACGUCUUUUGGUGAUUCUGGAGUCUGCUUGGACUGAAAGAAUGCCCGAGGAUGUGAGCGAAAUAGUGCGUCAAAGCGUUACGCAGCGGGGCGUUUUUACGCAUGCGAACUCCGGCCCGGACGCGGUGACCAGCAGCAUGUUUAAAGUUUACGAACGAUACAGCAAAGAGCCGCAAAGUCACAAAGAGGGAAACACAGUCAGGAGCUUCACAGCUGCACGCAGAGUAUUGCACGGAAAAGAAAUGUUCCAGUUCAACUUAUCCACCAUCCAAGACUCAGAGGUCAUCCUCUCUGCCUCCUUCCACUUCUUCAACAAGCGUCAGCACCAGAGAUCCUGGCGUUUCCGGAGACCUCGGCACCCGUCAGUCGCCGUCCAUCAACGUCCUCCUGGUCUGCAGAUCCUCUUUCAUGGAUUGUCGCCCAACUCUGCAACCCCGCUGGGUAACUUCACCAUAAGCUCCUUAAAGAAAGGAGCAUGGCAAUCAAGGGAUGUUACAGCAGUGAUUAAGCAAGUCAGAAAAGAUCUCAUCAUCAUUGUGGAGACCAAUUUGGUCCCAAAGGCAAAUCAGCAGCAAAGAGGCCUUAACAACCAGGAGCCCGUCUUUGAAGAUAAAACACCUUUUAUAAUUCUCUAUGCUGACGAUCAAGCGAUAGAUGAGCCCAACAGCGUGGCCGCAACCCUGCAGAGGUACGGACCUUUUGCUACUGGGGAAGAUGUUUCCGCAUCAGCCUCGAGAAUCCGGAGAGAGCUGAAACUCCAGAUCAAAACGAACGAGAUUCCAGAAGUCCAGUUCAACACUCUAAAGAACCACGAACUGUGGCAGAGCACCUAUUUCCCCGCCAAAUCCAAAAGCACGACAGGAAAGAAGCAGAACCAGGAGAGCAGAGAGGUGUUGAACUUUGAUGAGAGGACAAUGAAGAAAGCCCGAAGGAGGCAAUGGAGCGAACCUCGGGUUUGCACAAGGCGCUACCUAAAGGUGGACUUUGCUGACAUAGGAUGGAGUGAAUGGGUUUUAGCUCCCAAGUCAUUUGAUGCCUAUUACUGUGCUGGUUCUUGUGGAUUCCCCAUCCCGAAGGUGGUACGUCCUUCAAAUCACGCCACCAUCCAGAGCAUAGUACGAGCCGUUGGAAUCGUGCCUGGUAUUCCGGAACCGUGCUGCGUGCCGGAAAAGAUGAGUCCUCUUAGCGUGCUUUUCCUGGACCCGGGAAGGAAUAUGGUCCUGAAAGUAUAUCCGGGAAUGUCUGUGGAUACCUGCACCUGCCGGUAG